UAAGUCAGAGGAUAAACUGGCAUUAAGCUGUGGGCUGGUCUCCCAGGCUAUUACUGGGGCCCAGGAUCUGAUCCUCCAGUUGAGCUGAGGGGCAGCACUGAAUCUGCCAGGCUGUCCACACCCGGACCCUCUGGCGAUGACCACGAGGCCAGCCCCCUGACAGCUCCCACGUCAUGCCUGCACAGAGCAAGGCCAAGAAUCUGGGCUCAGGAAGAAUUCUCUGCAUCUCGACAAGCAGAGGCUGUGUUAAGCCCUAAAAUAUGACUCCUCACAUGAUCUGGUCGUGACCACGGCAUCCCGGUGGGGCUCACAGCUCACAGAGCGGCCAAGGCCACAGGCAACAUCAGGCCUGGUGUCCCAGCCAGAGAAGCCAGCAGGGUUCAGCACACCUGUCCUGGGGAAGGAUGGAGGAGGGGGAAAGGAGCCCCCUGCUGUCCCAGGAGUCUGGAGGUCAGGAAUCACCCCUCGCCGGGAGCAGCCCCCUCACUUCCAGUCGCCCAGGACUAGCUCCCUGGGAGGACCCGGCCUGGAGGGCAGGCCUUGGGGGGUUCCUGGCCUGCUUGCUCCCCUCAGAAAGCAGCUGCCUCAAGUGCCUACUCUUCUUGUCCAACUUCCUCUUCUCCCUGCUCAGCCUGCUGGCCCUGGCCAUCGGGCUCUGGGGCCUGGCUGUCAAGGGGUCUCUGGGGAGUAGUUGGGGGUCCCCCCUGCCCGCAGACCCCAUGCUGGGACUGGUGCUGGGUGGGCUGGCGGUCAGCGUGGUGAGCCUGGCGGGCUGCCUGGGUGCCCUCUGUGAGAACACCUUUCUGCUGCGCUGCUUCUCCGGGGGGGUCCUUGCCUUCCUGGUGCUGGAGGCCGUGGUGGGGGCCCUGGUGGUGGCCCUCUGGGGUCAGUUACAGGAUGGCCUGGAGCACGUCCUGCACCUGGCCAUCACCCACUACCAAGACGACCCAGACCUGUGCUUCCUCAUCGACCAAGUCCAGCUGGGGCUGCAGUGCUGUGGGGCGGCCUCCUACCAGGACUGGCAGCGGAACCUGUACUUUAACUGCAGCUCCCCCGGGGUCCAGGCCUGCAGCCUUCCUGCCUCCUGCUGCGUUGACCCCUGGGAAGGCGGAGCCUCUGUCAAUGACCAGUGCGGCUUCGGGGCCCUGGGCCUGGACGAGGACGCGGCCCAGAGGGUGGUGCAUCUGGAGGGCUGUGGCCCGCCACUCCUCCAGUGGCUGCGCAGUAACAUCCGGACUGUGGGCUGCUAUGCCAUCGUGGCCGUGCUGGUCCAGGGGAUGGAGCUCUUGCUGGCCAUCCAGCUGGUGAGGGCCCUGACUGUCCACAAGGGGGUAGCAGGGAGUGGGGGCCUGUCCGGAGGAACCCCAGACCCAAUGUCCCGCCCUCUGCUAAACUGGUCCCGGUCUGACCAGCUGGGGGGACAAAAGACCCCAAAAGGAUGGGGUCUGGGGCCGCAGGCCUCCCCUCCCCUCCCAGGGCAGAUGUCAGAGUAACCUGCCUGGGUGCUUAGGGACACACGGCUUGAACCCUCAGGCCACCUCCACCUACUGACUUCCAGCUUCCCAGGGUUCCCUUUCCCUCACACUGCCUGCUUGCUUGCAAACGCUGCUGUUCCAAGUGUAAGUAGACCUUGACGACGGCCUGGCCAGCAUCUGCCUCCCACGGAGGGUGCCAGGCAAAGCCACCUGGCCAGCAGGGAGAGCGGGGGGCGAGAACUGGAUGAAAUCCUGCUGCCAAGCCCCCAGCUGUGAAUUUCACCUUGACUCUCACUUCCAAUUUUCACCUCUGACCUCCGCUCCCAACCGCCUCCAAGUCCCACCUCCAAGCCCAGCCUUCGAAGCCCCAUGUCUUCACCAUAGCCUGGCACCUGCACUCCUCUGGGGCCAUCUCCCCCUUUCCUGUCCGUUGAGGCUCAGGCCUCUCCCUCCAGAGUCUGUUUUUUUGGCAGAGUGUAAGUUUUAUUGCGAUGUAUCACUCAUAUAGUAAAUUGCACCAACCUUAAGUGGGCGGCGUGAGGCUUCUUACUCACCUACACACCUGUGCAUCCCCUACCACUACCAGGUCUAGCUCCAGCUCCAGCAGAGUUCUUUGUCCCCUACCCAAGGUCACCCCUGUUGGACCUUUGUUACCUUCAGCUC